AUGGCCAUAGCCAAAGAGUGGCGUCUCGCAAUUUCUGAAUUUGUAAAGGAGGGGAGGCUUCUAUCCGAGGUUGAACAUCGACCUGGGUUCUGGAAGGGCUACGUCUGUGACUUCCCGACACUAGCGGAUGUGACAGGAAAGAAGCCCAAAUCUCCUGUGUCCGUUGUCGACUAUGAUGACGUGGUCGUUUAUGCGCAACAUGAUCAGCGUCCCGUUAAGCUGGUUUACCUAUAUUCCCGAUCCGAUGUUGGUGAGCUUUAUUUGUUCCACGGGUUUCAUUUCAUGGAUUUUCUGGGUGAAGUGGGUGGGUUUCCCUCUACAAGGCGCUGGAAAAAGACCUUGAAGGCCCAGGCAGCCGAGGAAGUGACAUUUGUGCUGGCGAAGGCACCAGAUUUGAGAGGUCCUCGUGUUGUGUGCGGGUAUCUCGAGCCUUGGGGCGAGCGUGUGUAUGACUACCGCAAACGGGUUGCUUUAGGUGAAAAGGUUUGGACAGAUUACUUGUAUUAG